AAAUCAUAUUUAGAAUCCUAAAGUCUCCAAAAAAAUAAUGAGUAAAAUACAAAGAACAAGGAAUGAUUAAAGUUGCUUACAGAAGCUACCUUAAUGUUUAUAUAAACAAACACACAUUGUGACUUCUACAACAUAGUUGUAGCAUUGUCCAACCCAAAGUUUUCCUGUGGUAGUUUGCUAUAAUUACUCUACCCCCUUCCAUAACCAUGCAACUAGAAAUAUUUCAGAGUAAAGUCUGGCUCACUGCCAUCUGCUAUAUUUAUUUUCUAAGAAAUACGUUCCUGUGAGGCCCAGAGGGUUAUGUGGAAUUAAAAUGGCAGAUUGCUGGAGGCCAGCUCUUAAGGUUGAAUGCUCUAGUUGCUCCUAAAUGAGAAGUGACUUUGCAUGCACAUACAUGCAGAGACAAUUGGGUGUAGCUUCCAAAAGAAUUGUGUGGACCUUGUAAAUAAAAUUGUUGCUUCAUUUAAUUAAAGAGUCAUGUGUUUCUACAUGUUGGAAACAUCUGUUUUGAAUGCUGUACUCAGCCUUAGUCAUAGCUUUAUAGUGAAGAUGAUUUCUUGCACAUUUUGCUUUUGAAUAAGGAUUAUUAAUAUAUUUGUAAUUUACUAAGUUUUGAUAUUGAUUAUAGCCAGAAGUACCUUUCUCUAGUUGAGAAUUAUGUGCCAAUUUUACUUAUCAAUAUUACUGAUACAGUCUUUUUUUUAUACUAUUACUAUACAAGUAUUAAUUUGAUUAUGAUUUGAUUAUUGUAAAACUUUCUGCAAGAUACUGAACCUUUAAAAUCACAGAAUAUAAAACCAACUGAUUAUUGGUCUGUACAGUAAUUUAAGGUGAAGUAGUUUAUUUUUCUGGUAAAAGUUGCUGAGAAAUUAAUGGCUGCUCAAGAUAGUUUCCAAGUGAAAUUGUGCAAUUUAAAGGAUGUGUUACCUCCAACACAAUAUAUAAAAAUCCAUCUGAGCAUUCACAUCUAUCUUUUAAAGACUAAUAGAAUUAAACAGUAAAAUUAAAGAUAACAAAUGUGUAAAGUAUAGACCAGAAGAAAAGAAAACAUUGGAAUUUCACCAUAGUUUACUCAGUUGUGUAAUUUUUUUAAAAGUACGGAUUGCUCAAUAAACCACAAUUAGUCAGGUACUCAAAAAACCUAAGCUGUGAAGUUUAUAAAUCAAAAUAAAUUGUAUACAUAUAUCACUACAGGUAGUUCUCAACUUACAACCAUUCAUUUAGUGACCAUUUGAAGUUUACAACAGCAUUGGAAAAAGUGACUUAUGACUGUCUUUUUUACACCUUUGUGGCAUCCCAUCAUCACAUAAUCAAAAUUCAGACACUUAGCAACUGGCAUGUAUUUGAUGGUUGCAGUGUUUUGCAACCUCUAACAAGCAAAGUCUAUAGGGAAGCCAGAUUCAUUUAUCAACUGUGUUACUGACUUAACAACUGCAGUGAUUCACUUAACUACUGUGGCAAGAAAGGUCAUAAAACCAAACCUCAUUUUAUAAUUUUUUAACUGUCUUGCUUAGCAACAAAAUUUUUGGAGUCAAUUGUCAUAAGUCGAGAACUACCUGUAUAGCUAGGUUCAUAUUUUAAGCUAAAAGUAAAUGAACAAUAUCUUAUGUUGUGAACUUAGUGUAUUAAUUGUUCCCUAUUAUUACUAGCUAAAACAAUUGAAAAAUAUCACAAGUUAUCUAUUUAGAAAGAUACAUUUAUGUAUCUUUCUUAGUCAGUGAUCCCCAACCUUUGUGGUUUGGCGGCCUGGUUGGGGGGGAAGAGGGGGACUGAAUAGCGCGAGUGGCAGGCCAGCAUAUGCAUGUGCAGCUCCACUUGUGCGAGUGGCAGACAGCGCGCAUGCGCGAUUACUGCCCAGCCUGUCGCUCAUGGAAAUCUAUUUGCGUGCAUGCAUGCUCCGGCCAGCCGCUCAUGUAGCUAAAUUAUGAAUAGGCCACAGCACAGUAGUGAGCCAUGGCCCAGAGGUUGAGGAUCCCUCUUCUAAGCUCCCUCCUCAGAUGCUACUCUGCUAUUAUGCGUUUCCGUCUUCAGAGAAGAUUAAACAAAAAGCCCUACCCAUGCUUACUCAACUUACAUGAUAACAUCACAGGAAGAAGGGGCUGAGCUACAAAAGAAUUCACCAUUAUUUGAACUGAUAAAGCAGUCCAAAGAUCGAGAGGGGCAGGCUGAUGAGCCCGAACCUGCCAACUAUUUUACUCAGCCUCUUCAACAUAAUCACAGUGCUGCAGAUUUGUACCUCUCUCCUACGAAGUCUCCUAAGAAAAAAGUUUCUUCCACUUUUGUAUAUUCUUCUCCAGAGUCACAGGCUGCAGGGUUAAAUCAGUCUCAGAAACCUCAUAAAUCAAUUUCUUUGUCAUAUUUCUAUAAAAAAGUGUAUUGCUUGGCUUAUAGACGAUUAAAUAAUUUAUGUUUGCGUCUUCUGCCUGACCAUCCUGAACUUGAACAUUUGAUAUGGACCCUUUUUCAUCACACACUGCAAAAUGAAUAUGAUCUGAUGAAAGACAGACACUUAGACCAGAUUAUGAUGUGUUCCAUGUAUGGCAUAUGUAAGGUGAAGAAUAUUGAUCUCAGGUUUAAAACUAUUGUGACAGCAUACAAGGAACUCAACAAUGCAAAUCAAGAGACAUUCAAGUGUGUUUUGAUCAGGGAAGGACAAUACGAUUCCAUUAUAGUCUUCUACAACAUGGUAUUUAUGCAAAGACUGAAAACUAAUAUUUUGCAAUAUGCUUCCAAUAGGCCUCCAACAUUAACACCCAUUCCUCACAUUCUACAGAGCCCUUAUAAGUUUUCUAAUUCUCCUUUACGUGUUUCUGCUGGAAAUAACAUCUAUGUCUCACCUUUGAAGAAUCCCAGCAAAUUUUCUGAAGGGCUAUUGUCACCCACAAAAAUGACACCCAGAACAAGAAUAUUGGUUUCAAUUGGUGAAUCCUUUGGGAGUUCUGAAAAGUUUCAAAAGAUAAACAAGAUGGUAUGUAACAGUGAUCGUCAUCUGAAACGGAGCGCUGAACUAAGCACCACUCCUAAGCCUUUGAAGAGAUUGCGUUUUGAUAUAGAAGGCCAGGAUGAAGCUGAUGGAAGGGAACAUCUUUCUGGAGAGUCAAAAUUCCAACAAAAGCUUGCAGAAAUGACAUCUACUAGGACUAGAAUACAAAAUCAGAAACUGAAUGAUGGUGCUGAAGUUUCAGACACUGUACCGAAGUGAACUGCUCGAGACCCAGGAUCUGCACUGUAGCUUUGAUUUCUACUACGUUGUUUUGCAUAUAUUGCGUAGCUAAUUUAAUUUAGUUGAGUUUCAUGUUUUUCAGUGUUUCAUGCUAUGACAUAGGAUAUGUAUUAUCCAUUUAAGUGUUAAUUUAUACAUAUUAGUUUUCAGUAAAAUUGAUUUCCCAGUGCAUUGUUGUUGAAUUAUAUUAUCUUUUCAGUUUUUAUUGAACUACUUUGUUUUAGAUAUUCGGGUUCAAUAUACAAAAUGCACUAGUAUUUUAUUAAGAAUUGCCAUUUAAAUGUUAGACUUGAUGCACUAUUAAUGUUUGAGGUCCCCCUCCAAGGAACAGCCAACACUAUAUCAAAGAACUGCCUGCAGGACAGAGUUCUACAAUAAUUUAUACAAUUGGUUUUAUAGUCAUUAGUUCUGGAUGCCCCCCCCACUCGCCUGGGCAGUGCACUUAAGUAUAGUGUCUAGAUCAAAUACAUAUUAAAUCAUAUGUUAUGCUAACAUUUUUAUCUUUUUUCCAUCUUAAAACUCAUACACAAAUUAGAAAUUUGACAGCCUGGUUGAAUGUUAUUAUUUUAUUUCAGUAAAAAACGACUGCAACAAAACACCUACACUGCACACUCUUAUCUGUCUCCUGAGCAGAGGUGUGUAAUUCUGUAGCUGUCACUCUUUAGUCUGUUAGUUUUGUAAUAAUCAGUAGUCAGAUUGCAAACUCAAUAUAGACUACAAAAAUAAAGUUCUGAAAUUUUAUUAACAGUAACUAUUAAGAGUUGGCUAACCUAAACUAUCGUAACAAUGUAUUUUGACAAAUUGAACAUAGGAAUAUUCUGUAUUCUAAUAAAAAUUAAAGAUUAAUAAAAUAA